AUGGAGAAGCCAAGAUUGAAUAAAGCCGCAGUACGUUACCUCUCUGUCCCGUCUUGCGCGGUGGGCGGUGGCCAAGGACCGGAAGUGGCGGCGGGGCUGAGGAGCGGACAGGACACCGGGGGAGACAUGGAGGAGAUCCGGGACCCGGGCAACGUGACAUUUAACGAUGUGGCCAUCUACUUCACUCAGCGGGACUGGCAGCUGCUGGCAGACUGGCAGAAGAAGCUGUACCAAAAUAUCAUGAAGGAGAUCCACGGGGCUCUGACUGCACUUGGGUACGAGAUUGCCAACCCGGGGAUCCUAGUGAGGAUUCAGCAGCAGGAUGAGUCGUAUUUCCAUGAGGAAGCGGCAGCGAAUGGUGAGGAUCUCCCCGUACAUGUCUCCAAUUCCAAUUAUUCACUAGUGUCUCCAAUUCUCCUCGCCUCCAUUUCCAACAUCCACUCUACAUCUGAUAAAUGA